GAGCCGCGGGAGGAGGAGCGGCGCAGGGGAUGCGGCUGUGGUGGCGGCGGCGGCGGCCAGGCGCGGGGGGCGGCAGUGGCGGCGGCGGGGGGCGCGGGCCGGCUAUGGCGCGGCGGCGCUGAGGGUGCGAGGCGGGCGGCGGCCGGAGGGUGGGCGGCGCGGGAGGAAACUACGGCGGUGGCUCCAUGGCCCGGGCGCGCUGAGGGACGCGGCUCUCGCCUCAGCCCGGCGGCAGCCGAACAAUGAAGCUCUUGAAGCCAACCUGGGUCAACCACAAUGGCAAACCGAUUUUUUCAGUUGAUAUUCACCCUGAUGGGACCAAGUUCGCAACUGGAGGACAAGGGCAGGAUUCUGGGAAGGUUGUGAUCUGGAAUAUGUCUCCAGUCCUCCAGGAGGAUGACGAGAAGGAUGAAAAUAUUCCCAAGAUGCUUUGCCAGAUGGACAAUCACUUAGCAUGUGUGAACUGUGUGCGGUGGUCAAACAGUGGGAUGUAUUUAGCUUCUGGGGGAGAUGACAAACUGAUUAUGGUGUGGAAGCGGGCUACGUACAUUGGGCCCAGUACUGUGUUCGGCUCCAGUGGUAAACUUGCCAAUGUGGAGCAGUGGCGGUGUGUUUCCAUUCUCCGGAGUCACUCAGGUGAUGUAAUGGAUGUAGCAUGGUCUCCCCAUGAUGCCUGGCUAGCCUCAUGCAGCGUGGAUAACACUGUCGUCAUCUGGAAUGCCGUGAAAUUUCCAGAAAUUCUUGCUACUCUUAGAGGUCAUUCUGGCUUGGUGAAAGGAUUAACAUGGGACCCCGUUGGUAAAUACAUUGCCUCUCAAGCUGAUGACCGCAGUCUGAAGGUGUGGAGGACCCUGGACUGGCAGUUAGAGACCAGCAUCACCAAACCUUUUGAUGAGUGUGGAGGAACGACCCAUGUACUGCGGCUCAGCUGGUCACCUGAUGGGCAUUACCUUGUGUCUGCCCAUGCAAUGAACAAUUCUGGCCCCACUGCCCAGAUCAUCGAGCGGGAGGGCUGGAAGACCAACAUGGACUUUGUGGGACACCGGAAAGCUGUAACUGUUGUGAAAUUCAACCCAAAAAUCUUCAAAAAGAAGCAGAAGAAUGGGAGUUCUGCAAAGCCCAGCUGCCCUUACUGCUGCUGUGCUGUUGGCAGCAAGGAUCGCUCACUCUCUGUCUGGCUCACGUGUCUGAAACGGCCUCUGGUUGUCAUCCAUGAGCUGUUUGACAAAUCCAUCAUGGAUAUUUCCUGGACUCUGAAUGGGCUGGGCAUCCUGGUGUGCUCCAUGGAUGGCUCUGUGGCAUUCCUCGACUUCUCCCAGGAUGAGCUUGGAGACCCCCUCAGUGAGGAGGAAAAGAGCCGCAUUCACCAGUCCACCUAUGGCAAGAGCCUGGCCAUCAUGACUGAGGCCCAGCUCUCCACAGCUGUCAUCGAGAACCCAGAGAUGCUCAAGUACCAACGGAGGCAGCAACAGCAGCAGUUAGACCAGAAGAGUGCCGCAACCAGAGAGAUGGGCUCAGCAUCCUCAGUCGCGGGUGUUGUCAACGGGGAGAGUCUGGAAGAUAUUAGGAAGAAUCUUUUGAAGAAACAAGUUGAGACUCGGACAGCAGAUGGUCGAAGAAGAAUCACGCCUCUCUGCAUAGCUCAGCUGGACACUGGGGACUUCUCCACGGCAUUCUUUAACAGCAUCCCACUAUCGGGCUCACUGGCAGGCACCAUGCUCUCCUCUCAUAGCAGUCAGCAGCUACUGCCAUUGGACUCCAGUACCCCCAACUCCUUCGGCGCCUCGAAGCCUUGCACAGAGCCUGUGGCAGCUGCCAGUGCCAGGCCUGCAGGCGAGUCUGUCAGUAAGGACAGUAUGAAUGCUACCUCUACUACUGCUGCAUUGUCACCCUCCGUGUUAACAACCCCGUCCAAGAUUGAACCCAUGAAAGCAUUUGACUCCCGAUUCACAGAGCGGUCCAAAGCCACGCCAGGUGCUCCUUCCUUGACAAGUGUGACUUCGACGGCUGUUGAAAGGUUGAAAGAACAGAACCUUGUGAAAGAGCUGAGGCCCCGGGAUCUCCUAGAGAGCAGCAGUGACAGUGAUGAAAAGGUCCCCUUGGCUAAGCCAUCCUCAUUAUCCAAGCGAAAACUUGAGCUUGAGGUAGAGACAGUGGAAAAGAAGAAAAAGGGGCGUCCUCGGAAGGACUCCCGUCUCCUGCCUAUGUCUCUGUCUGUCCAGUCUCCAGCCACCCUUACUGCAGAGAAGGAGGCCAUGUGUCUGACUGCACCAGCACUUGCACUGAAGCUGCCAAUACCAGGCCCCCAGAGAGCAUUCACCCUCCAGGUGAGCUCUGACCCCUCCAUGUACAUUGAGGUGGAAAAUGAAGUAACGGCCGUGGGGGGUGUAAAACUGAGCCGACUGAAGUGCAACAGGGAAGGAAAGGAGUGGGAGACAGUGCUCACUAGCCGGAUCCUCACUGCUGCCGGCAGCUGUGAUGUGGUGUGUGUCGCCUGUGAAAAGAGGACGCUGUCGGUGUUCUCCACCUGUGGUCGCCGCCUCCUCCCUCCCAUCCUCCUGCCGUCCCCGAUCUCUACUUUGCACUGCACAGGUUCCUAUGUCAUGGCGCUCACUGCUGCAGCUACACUGUCUGUCUGGGAUGUUCACAGGCAGGUGGUUGUGGUGAAAGAAGAGUCUCUACACUCCAUCUUGGCAGGAAGUGAUAUGACAGUGUCACAGAUCUUGCUGACGCAGCAUGGAAUCCCAGUGAUGAACCUAUCUGAUGGGAAAGCGUACUGCUUUAAUCCGUCACUCUCUACGUGGAACCUGGUUUCUGACAAGCAAGACUCACUAGCCCAAUGUGCGGAUUUUAGGAGCAGCCUGCCAUCCCAGGAUGCCAUGCUGUGCUCAGGACCGUUAGCCAUAAUCCAGGGACGCACCUCCAACUCUGGAAGGCAAGCUGCCCGGCUUUUCUCCGUGCCUCAUGUGGUACAGCAGGAGACCACGCUGGCCUACCUAGAGAACCAGGUUGCAGCGGCACUCACCCUACAGUCCAGCCAUGAGUACCGCCACUGGCUCCUUCUUUAUGCACGGUACCUCGUGAAUGAAGGGUUUGAAUACCGACUUCGAGAAAUAUGCAAGGACUUACUGGGUCCGGUUCACUGCUCCACUGGAAGCCAGUGGGAGUCAACAGUAGUGGGUCUGCGGAAGAGGGAGUUGCUAAAGGAGCUAUUGCCAGUCAUUGGGCAAAACCUCCGCUUCCAGCGCCUCUUCACCGAGUGUCAGGAACAACUCGACAUCCUGAGGGACAAGUAGCCUGCCCUGACCUGCCCCAGCAGCAACAAGGGCAGGGCUACACUCUCACUGCUAAUGAUGCCCAGGGUUGCCUCUCACCUGGCCAGUCUGCAGUAGGAGGAGACAUUGGCAGGCAAUGUGCUGUCCUGCACCAGCACCAGCCCAGCUCCCUAAGUGGACGUGCCCUGUGUCCUGGGCCUGUUCUUGCUUCAGAAAGGGACAGCUCGUUCCUCUCUCCAGGGUCCCCAUGCAGAGCUGGGGCUGGGGUUGUGCCCUUCUGCCCUGGGGCCAGCAAGAUGUUCCUGGGCCUGCCAUCUCCAACACGGCCCCAUGGUGGACACUAGCCCUGCAGCUCCAGGCACUGUGCUGCUUCAGCUAUGACGAAUGAGCCAUUUGUGAGAGCAAGAAUCUGCAAACAUUAAGUGUUAUACAGUCAGCAGACUGACUUGAGACCUAUGUAAAAGGAAAGCUGUUCCAACACAUGGACUAUUUUUGUACUAGAAUUUGCUAACUUGUAAUAUGGAAUUUUUCUUUUGGCCAAUAAUCAGGAUUUCCCUAUAAGUUACUUGGACAUUGGUCACUUGUAGGAAAUUUAAACUCUAAUUAUGACAGCUACACUGAAAAAUAAUUGUACUGAAAUUAACUUGUCUAUUCAUUUGGUUUAAUUUUUAAAUGUUUGUAAAAAGAGAUGUUUUUUGGGGGAUGGGGCAAAUGGGAGGGUGAUUUCUUUUGUAAGUGUAAAAUAAAUGAAUACGCAUUGGAUACCAAA